GAAAUUAGUGAGUUGCUUGCUGGUUUCCUGUAGGGACUUGGGAGAGAGUCUGCCGUGUCAAGUAGUUACCCAGCUCUCAGGAAAUAUGUUCGUUGUAGGUGUAGGACUACUUCUGGGGCUGUGUUGCUUCCAUCAAGCAUCUGGAGCAAUCCACAGUUUACAGUACUUUUAUACUGCUACAAGUGAAAUACCCAACCUUCCCGACUUUGUGGCGGUAGCCAUGGUGGAUAGUGUCCAGUUUGUUCACUAUGACAGUAAGAGCAAGGAAGCUGUUCCUAAACGGGAUUGGAUCAACAAACAUGUAGCCCCUCAGUACUGGAAGAGAGAAACUGAUAUUUUCUUAGCUGCCAGCCAGACCUUCAAGGAAAAUAUAGACACUCUCAAGCAGCGUUUCAACCAAACUGGAGGUGUGCACACAUAUCAGCUUAUGUAUGGCUGUCAGUGGGAUGAAACUGGAUAUGUUAACGGAUAUAGGCAGUAUGGUUAUGAUGGAGAGGACUUCAUCUUUCUGGAACUGAAGGAAAUGAGAUGGAUUGCUCCUUCGAAAGAAAGUGUCAUCACCAAAAACAAAUGGGAUCCUUUUAAACCUCGUAAUCAUUAUUUAAAGGACUACUACAGCAAGACCUGCAUUGAGUGGGGAAAGAAGUAUGUGCAGUAUGGGAGCAGCAGUCUGGAUAGAAAAGUCCACCCAGAAGUCACUCUCAUCCAAAAGGACUCUGGAGUGGCGUGCCAUGCUACAGGCUUCUACCCUGACCAAGUGAUGAUCACCUGGAAGAGAGAUGGAGAGGAGAUGCAGGAGGACGUGGAUGUGGGGGAGACGCUGCCCAAUGAGGAUGGAACCUUCCAGAAGAGAGCUGUGCUUGCCGUGUCACCGGAAGAGAGGAAGAAGGGGCAGUACACCUGUGAGGUGGCCCACAAGAGCGGACCUCCUACUUUUAAGACCCUGAUUGUGGAAGAUGGCAAUAUCCUUGGUAUCAUCAUUGGCUGUGUUGUGGCUGCUGCUGUCGUGAUUGGUGUGAUUGUCGCCAUUGUUAUGAAGAAGAAGAAAGGCUACAAGAAGGCAGAGCAGUCCGAUUCAGAAUCUGAUCACUCCAACGGUGCACGGACUUGAGGUAACUGCUGAAUGUGAAAAGUGAGGAGCAAUGAAGAAGGAUAUGCAAAUCAACAAACAGAUUUCUCUCUAUAUGCAACAUCCUACAAUGGUUAUAUCCAUGAUCUGGGUAUAAUGUUAGAUUUUAUGUCUAUUUACUUUCAUCCAGUUUUUAGCAAUAACUCAUCCUUUUCUCAAAUCUGCUGUACGAACAAAAUAAAUUCUAGUGGCAGUCAAAUCUGUUCUAUUGGUGUGAAGAGUAUUGAUUUGAAUAUAAUAGUAGGCAUUGUGGUUUCUUAAAUUGUAUUGUGUUGGUGUGCAGUUGUUGUUUCUUUGUAUUGCUUUGUACAAUGUGUUUUUUAAUAUAUUUGUUUCACCAUUUGAACAUAUUUAACUGGUGAUGGGAAGUGGGCAAUUCUUGAUUCUAGGGUGAAACCCCCUUAUUAGACAUUCUCUGGGUGAAACAAAGAUCCAUUUUUUUUUCACCUUUAUUUUCAUGUAGCCAAUAAACAGAUUGACUACAAAUAGACUUGAUUCACAAACAAACAAAUUUAGAAUUGUGUUAAAAAUUGAUAUUGUAGAUACUGCUGUCAUUAAUUGAAAUGUUUUACAAAAAAUAAAAUUACCAAAUUGGAA